UGCCGUUAAUCAGUCCGACCAACUGCCUUCUCCAGUUCAAACUUGCUACGGCUGCGGCUUCCUCCUUCCGUCUGCGAUCUUUACGAGCUCUGGAGAAAUAUUGGACAAGCUUUUUCGGUGUACGAGUCAACGUGUUGGGCCCAGCAUGGAAGGUUACUCGUACGCGUACAUCUCCGAGCCCGUGGAGUUUAGGCAUGUGGAGGGCAAGGCCCUCGACUUCCGCAAGACGUUCGAUGUGCGGGGUCGUGGCACUGACGAAAUGCUGCAGCUUUACCUACGGAAGGCCAAUCUGCCCGACGACCUUGACCGUCUGCCGGCCAUUCAGAGACGGGCCUAUGUCUAUGACAUAAUUAGGAGCCAUAAAGGGCCCGGUUAUUGGGUGCCGCCGUCCAUGCAAGUGAGUAGCAACGUGUUUGACCAGCCGCCACCUGCCGUACGCCCACCGCCCGCAGCCGCCAGAGCCACGCCCUACGCCGACAACGGCAGUCUGUACAGCAUGAAGAGCUCUUCCUCAUCGAACAGCUUGGACAGGUACGCUGGCGCCCCGCCAGCCACUGCCAUUGCGGGGCCCAGCUUCGCCACAAGCGUCCUGGUCAGCAGCAAGGGCUCCAAGUACGAGAUCAGUGGCCCCGUCAACUUUCAGCAUGUGUCCGGCGACGUGACUCGGGAUCGCACGAGAAACGCCUUCGACCUGAGCGCCGAUGCCAACGACAACGUCCUGAGGAAGUACAUGAUGGAGCGUGGCAUUACGGAGGCGGACAUAGCGCAUAUGCGGCGCCAGGAUGUCGUCAAGAAGAUUGUCCAUUCGAACUUCACCUGGAUGCCCAAAAAGCAGGAUAUGCAGGCCACCCCGAAAGUGCAGCAACAGCCACGGCCGCUUCUCUAUGCCACAAUUUCAACAAACAACCAGAUUACUCCGCCGCCAUCACCUCCGCCAACAGCAUUGAUUCUGAAGCCGGGACCCACGCCGAGCUUCGCCAACUACGCCGCGCUCACGUCCCGCUUUGUGGACAUCUCGGACAUGGAUAUGCCUUCGGUGGCGAGGCCAGCAGCUCAGACGCCAUUCAGACAGCAGGAGGUUGGGUCAGUUAUUCCCGUCCAGGUUCAGCCUCAGCCACAUCAAGUAAACAAGCCGAAAGUGCCUCCGCCGCCAUCGGCUGUUACGGCUAACAAUACGUACGCGUAUCCGGCGGCCAUUGAUGUGCGUCAAGUGCGGCCCCCUGCUCCUCCAAAAUCUACGCCUGAGACGUACGCCACGAUUUCACCACAAAGAAAGGCGGGCACGAUGCGUGUGCCGCCACCAGCGCCUCCGAAGCCAACGAUUUUGCCCAACACCUGCUCGAUGAUGUCCGUGCAAUAUGCAACAGCUUCUAGGCCACCACCGCCUGCACCUUUAGCCAAACCAGCAUCAUCGAUUAAAGCACCAGCAGCCGCAUAUGUGCCUCCUCCGCCACCGCAGCAAAAGCCGAGUCCAAAAACUCCAGCAGCAGCUGCAUCUGGCGUGCCUCCGCCGCCGCCCCCAAUGCCGGUUUUAGUUGCAUCUGGGGGGCCACCGCCACCGCCUCCAAUGCCAACAGCAGCAUUUGGUGCGCCUCCACCGCCGCCAAUGCCAGUUUCCAGUGCGGCAGCACCAAAAGCAAUCCAAAAGUCAGACCAUCCUAAGGCUGCGUCCAGUGCAUCUGCGGGAGGAGAUCGUGAUGCGUUCCUGGAGAGUAUACGGAACGGAGUAGCACUAAAGAAAGUUGAUAAAAAGGCAGCUACAAUAAGUGGCAUUAAGCCACGACCUGAACGAAAAGCAGCGCCACCAGCAAUGGAUUUCAUGAGCGAAUUGAAGCUUGGACUAACGCUGAGACGUACUAAAAAUCCGGCCGACAAUCCAUAUUCCGAUGAGUCACAAGCAUGAUGGCGGUUAAAAAUUCAAUUGUAGCCGCUACACCUUACAACACUGGACGAAAUGUAAUGCUGCCAGACUGAGACAAUUAAGUACGGAUGGAAAUAGUUUUUAAUUUUAAAUACAAAUAACCAUGACAAUUGCAUAUAAAACGUUUGUAAAUAAAUAUGUUUUGCAUGAUAAGGCAUAUCUCUGUGAUUUCAGUCUCAAUUUGGCUGCUAAAUGUACGAAAAACACACAUACUUUACCUACAUUUGUAUAGUCCCUUGUUUGCUUGUGUGUGUGUGUGCAAAGCCAUAAUCAGCUGACGCCGGCCCCCUCCAGCAUUUGCGCAGCCAUUCAAGUGAGAUUGCACUUUUGCAACAAGUGUGGAGUUGGAAAAACGCACAAAGUGCCAUUGAGAAGCAUUAUGCAACG